GGUGGAGAGAGCGAGAAGAACAUGUCGGUAGAUCACGACUGCCUGUGCAGGACGCCGUGAGUGACCACUUCUUCACUUGGUCGCGAGGCAAACGGCGCGCGAAAGGCCAGACGUCACCACUUGCGGCCCAAGCAUCCGCACAGCUGGCCCGCCUUCACUUCUUCACUCACUGCGCAACAAAUUCGUGAAUAUGGCAGAGCCCAAGGUCUGGGAGCAGGUCCUGACAUGGGCCUUCUCGCCCAGCUGGUCAGCCAUAGUUUUGGCCUUCGUCGUCGCCUUCACGCUGCCACUGCUGAUUCACGGAUACCUGUAUAAAAAAGCCGUUGCUAGAGAGGCCCCAAGCUUCUUGCUGGCAGGACCGAGCGGAGCGGGCAAGACAAGUCUAUUGACACUGCUAUCGACCGGGUCCGCAGCUCCAACCUACACUUCGCAGUCACCUUCGACAGCCCUCGUCAGCUUACCCCACCAAAUACGCACGAGCGCGGACAAGUACCGUUCAGAAAACGACAAUGCGCCCCGAGAUCAGCCUACGUUCCAGCUCAUCGACACUCCCGGACACGGCAAGCUGAGACACCACGCACUAUCUACCUUGACAGAAUCCACAGCACUGAAGGGCGUCAUAUUUGUCGUGGACAGUGCAGCUGCAAGUCUCUCGGAAGCGGCAGAGUUUCUUCACGACCUGCUGCUUGCCCUACAGAAGCGGCACACACAGAGCAAGACGAGUAAAGGACCGGCAUCGAUACCCGUGCUCGUAGCUGCGAAUAAGCAAGAUGUCUUCUCGGCCACUCCUGCAAGCUUGCUGAAGACAAAGCUGGAAGAGGAGGUAGGGAGGAUUCGGCAGACGAAGAGCAGAGGCGUGAUCGGUGUUGGAGGUGCUGGGACAGAAGACGAUGCGGGAGGAGAUGACGAGGAUAACUGGUUAGGAGAGUAUGGAAGCAAGGACUUCAACUUUGGGCAAAUGGAAGAGCAUGGCGUGGACAUCAAGCUCAUAGGUGGAAAUGUCAAGAAUGGAGACAAGAAAGGCGACGUGGAUGGGUGGUGGGUUUGGAUUGGAGAAAAUCUGUAGAGUGAUUACUCCCCAAUUGAACUGCAUUCGAUCGUCGGCCCUCGCUGUCUCUUGUGCUCGUGAGCAACGCCAUUCGAGUGAAGUCUUGCAGUCACUGGAACCGGUUCCGCAAGGAGACAUCACCUCAAGUUGAACUUUGCCUCGUCAAGCUGACCUUACCGGUAGCGCGAGAGGCACUUGUGCCUGCCGACUUCUCAAAUGCAUUCCUGGCAGCCGGCUAUUAGCCUGUACACCCACUAAUGACCAUUUAUGUGACCAGAGUAGUAAAAUAUCCCAUAUCCCAGCCACAUAGGCACAGUGAAGCUCGACCUCAGACGCUUAAGAAUUCCAUCAAUGCUACGGCACUCAAAUCUUCAUGGUUGUUAGGCCCGAGCA